AACACGGAGGAGGAGUCGAUUUUAUUUUAUAUUUCCGUGUGAUUAUUCAAGAGCGGAUUGAGAAACUUUUUGUCAUCAGACAAUGAGAUAACCUAUAUAGAUAUAUUGCGAAUAGAUGCAUUAUCUUGGUAUGUCGGAUACAUUGUAGACUCUCUUGGAUUUUGUAUGUGAUAUUUUAAUGAAAAAAAAAACAAGAUUCCAACGAUGUCGAGACCUCCGGACCCAAAAUUUUUAUUGCGUGGCGACAUGGACGAAAAUGUGCACAGUUUGUUAUUUUCGAUUAACUCUGAUGUCGAGCGUCUCUAUGCUGGUGAUGGAAAAGGCACAGUUCACAUUUGGGAUUUAAAGACAAACAGGAUAAAAUAUCAAUUAUCAGAUGGAUGUAGCCCGUGUUUUAAUUUACAUAUAACUAACGAGACUGACUUGAUAGUGCAACGAAGACAUGGAAUGAUUGAUGUGUACAAAAUGAAUGAAUCAAACUGGAUACUAGAUAAAAGCACCAAUUAUGAAUAUUGCAGUUUUUGCAGAUCUCAAUUAUUACCCGAGAACGAUGCAGUGCUGAUUCCACUUGACUGUUCUGUAGUAGGGACAUUAUCAUUAAAAACAUUCAAAGUAGAAUCGACAUUAGAUCCAUCCAAACUGUCCUACGGUAAUAAAUUAGGUACAGUAAUGGCGAUGAAAUCAUUGGUGGAUGUGAAUAGUUUUGUUCUAGUUGCUUAUGAGGGUGGGCAACUAUUAUUGUGGGAUAUGAGAAAGAAUGAUGUUCUUAGUUCUCUUGCUGUGGAACAAUAUCCAAUGACUUUUGAUUUUGACGCUUCUUUGAUGCAAGGCAUCCUUGGCAGUGCAUCAGAAAAAUUGGAGAUUUUCAAGAUGUUGCCGAAUCAUACUUUAUCCCACAAAUAUACGAGAUCCUUGGAACAUGUUACUGGCAUAUCUAUUCUUUCGGUAAGGCCAGAUAAAAAGAUCGUCACGGCCGGAUGUUGGGACGGACGUAUGAUGUUGUUCUCUUGGAAGAAAUUACGGCCACUUGCGAUAUUAAAAGAACACAGAGCAAGUGUAUAUGACAUUGUUUAUUCACAAUGUAAAGUCGAGGCUUACGAUACUAAAUGUUUAAUGGCAGCGACUGGCAAAGAUGGUUACAUAUCUAUGUGGGAUAUAUAUAAUAAUUAGGAAAAUCACAAAAUGUAAAUGCAUUUUGUAUGCAUGAACAAA